UGCUGCUGUUGCUGACGCUGCUGUUACUAAUGUUGCUGCUGCUGUUGGUGCUGCCUUGAAACGACGUCACACAUUCCUAACGUCGUCAAAAUGGUUUUAAGCACUGAAUGGUCUCAGGUGGAGGUAAUCGAUUUGGUAAAUGAUGGCAAUGGUUUGGGUUUUAUAUUGGUUGGUGGUCGCAGCACUGGCGUUGUCAUUAAGGCCUUAACACCGGGCGGCGUCUCCGAACGUGAUGGGCGUUUACAGUGUGGCGAUCAUCUAUUGCAAAUUGGCGAAGUUAAUUUGCGUGGCUUCAGUUCCGAACAAGUAGCAACGGUUCUUCGUCAGACUGGAGCUCAUGUUCGAUUGAUUGUGGCAAGACCGGUGGAGCCGACCGCCACCGAUUAUCAAACGUUGGCUAGUCAUGCGCCAAUUAUUCCAACUAAGCUCCUCUCCGACCCGGAAGAACUGUCGCGUCAUCUAUUUCAAAAUCCCAGUUUUGCAACAAGUGCUACUAGCGUUGGUUUCUUACCAACGCCGGACACUGAGCUAGCUGAUUUGCCACUGCCACCGAUACCGACAGAGCUGUCGUCGACUGCAGCGCGUAUGUGCCCCAGAGACUUGGACAUUGUACCGUUUUCGAUUGUUUCACCACCGCCAUCAGCUCUCCCAUAUCUUUCAUCAUCGAAAAGUGCCGGCACACCUGCAAUGCAUACAAUGACAUCAUUAUCCCUAACCAUGGACCACAUUGAGACUGUGAUAGCUGGCAAUAUUGCUGGCAACCCUAAUGCAGCAAAUGAACUUGAUCGUUGUUCAUCAACAUCUUCCAAUUACAUGGAUUCACCAGAAACAGAAACGUAUGAAGUAAAGUUAUGUAAAAAUGUUUAUGGACUUGGCAUUACUGUGGCGGGUUAUGUAUGCGAGGAAGAAGAUCUCUCUGGCAUAUUUGUGAAGAGCAUAAUUGAAGGUAGUGCCGCCGAAAUGAGUGGGCAGAUACAAAUUAAUGAUCGUAUAGUUGCUGUUGAUGGUAAAACAUUAGCUGGUGUUACAAAUCAUCAAGCGGUUGAAAUCCUUCGCAAUACCGAUAUCGAAGUACAUUUAACGUUAGAACGUUUCUUACGCGGCCGUAAGUUUGAACAUCUACAAGUUGCCUUAACUGAAUUGAAGGGCGAUACUCAAUCGCAAGUAUCUCUACCUGCAUCACCAUCGAUAGCUACACUGUCAUGGCUACCACCAAAAUCUGAUGCCGAUUCCAUUGCCACUGAUGGCGGUACGGCGAUUUUGGAUUAUGGUGAACUGCCAUCUCGGGAUACGGUCGAGUCCAAUAUGUCGAGUAUGUUGGAUCGAAGUGAUCACAGCAAUGUUGGUAGUAAUAAAUUAUUAAAAACACCAACAACACCUGUUGCUAAUGGCAAUGCUACGCAUGUUAAUGGUAACGGCUUGGACAGUGGUAAUGACACUGAUGAAUAUCACCACGAAGUACCGCAUAAGCAACUUAUAAGGCAAUAUAGCACAACAAAGAUGGUAAAAAUUGAAAACGUAACUACCACUGUAUCCGUUACAAUGCCAACAUCUGGGGCAGCGAUGAAGACGAUGACGGCAAUUACUCCGAAAACCCCAACCUUGAGUCCCAGUGUUGAAUCACUUAAGGUGGCUUGGAAAAGUCUAGGAAUCAGCCUUGAGGGCACCGUGGACGUAGAGUGUGGCAUUGAGAAGCGUCCACAUCACUAUAUACGUUCCAUACUUGAAGACGGACCAGUGGGACGACAAGGUAUACUUAAACCCGGUGAUGAGCUAUUACAGGUGAAUGAAUACAAGUUACAAGGACUGAAACACAUCGAAGUUGUUAAGAUACUCAAAGAACUGCCAACACAUGUAAAACUGGUUUGUGCGCGCGGCCCAACAGCACCAUCAGUUAUAAAUACUUCACAAAAUCCAGAAGCAUUCGAAACGCGUAGUCUGCUACCUGGAGGCCAUCAAAGUCUGCAAAACUUAUUGACAAAAGCGCAAUCGGAAAGUUCACUUUAUACAUCGAGCACUGCCACGUUGACCGAUCAGCAACGAUCUAAAUCAUUGGAAAAUGUAUCUGGGCUAGCGCUUUGGAGUUCUGAUGUUACAACAAUUGAAAUUGAAAAAACUGAACAGGGUUUUGGUUUCUCCAUAUUGGACUAUCAAGAUCCAUUAGAUCCCGAGGGAAGUGUUAUUGUGAUACGCGGACUUAUACGCGGUGGUUCUGCGGAAACAACUAAUGAAAUAUAUCCCGGCGAUCGUUUGGUUAGUGUUGGCGAACAUAGUUUAAAUGGGCUAGAUUUGGAUGAAGCCGUUGCAAUACUUAAGGGCAUGCCUUUAGGAUUAACUAAAUUAGGCAUAUGUCGACCACUUUCAUCAUCAGAUAGCAAUAUAGCAUCACCUGUAGGAGAAGGCGAUUCGCCGAGCACAUAGCUUUUAAUG